AUGGAUAUCUUAGCUCUUGCCAGCUUUAUGAUGGCUUUUGUUGCCCGUAAAUUACCUGACAGCUUUGAUGAAGCCAACUUCAUCACCUUCAGCAUGUUGGUUCUUCCAUUUUCUCGAUGCAAUGACCCUUGUUUCCCUGGGGACGGGAAGAAAGGGAUUGAAGGGGAUCAGUUCUGCUGCUAUGACUGUGUUCCAUGCCCAGAAGGGAAGAUUUCAAAUCAAAAUGAUAUGGAUGACUGUUUUAAAUGUCCAGAAGAUCAUUAUUCAAAUGAAGAUAAGAAUGGAUGUAUCCUGAAACCAGUGGUGUUUCUAACUAUUGAAGAAUCCUUAGGAAUUGGUUUAGCCUUAUCAGCUCUUGGUUUCUUCUUCUUGACAUCUUGGGUACUUGGAACUUUUAUUAAGCACAGGGACACUCCCAUUGUUAAAGCCAACAAUCGGUCUCUCACCUACACCCUCCUUAUCUCUCUUCAGCUCUGUUUUCUCUCCUCUUUCUUCUUCCUCAGCCAACCUAGUAAAGUGACCUGCCUUCUCCGGCAAUCAACUUUUGGAAUCACAUUCUCAGUGUCCAUUUCUAGUGUGCUGGCCAAAACCAUCAUUGUGGUUGUUGCUUUCAUGGCCACUAAACCGGGAUCUCAGAUGAGGAGAUGGGUAGGGAAAAGAUUGGCUUUUUCUACUGUCCUUUCCUGCUCCUUUUUCCAAGUAUGUAUUUGUAUUCUUUGGUUGUCAACAUUUCCCCCAUUCCCUGAGUUGGACAUGCACUCACAGCUCCAAGAAAUGAUUUUACAAUGCAAUGAGGGGUCAGCUUUCUUCUUUUAUUGUGUGUUGGGCUACAUGGGUGUCUUGACUAUUGCCAGCUUUAUUGUGGCUUUUCUUGCCCGUAAAUUACCUGACACCUUUAAUGAAGCCAAAUUCAUCACCUUCAGCAUGUUUGCCUUUUGCAGUGUGUGGAUCUCCUUCUUUCCAGCCUAUCUGAGCACAAAAGGAAAAGCCAUGGUAGCUGUGGAGGUCUUUUCCAUUUUGUCCUCCAGUGCUGCAUUACUGGGAUGCAUAUUCUUGCCAAAAUGCUACAUCAUUGUUUUCCGGCCUGAACUAAACCAAAGGGAGCAUCUCACAAAGAGAAAUUAG